GUCAAAGGUAAGAUUCUUCAUUGUGGACUGACAUAUGUAAAGAUGUAUUUUUCAAUGCGAGUUUAUCCCAGAUGGAUAUGUAUCAAUACAAGUCACUUGUGUCCUUUUUACAGUGAACUGCUUUUUCAAAAUUAAUUAAAAUAAAUUAAAAUAAAUGUGUAAAUAAUGUGUAAAUAAAUAUGAAAGAAGCAAAUACCCAUUUCCAAAAGUGUGACUACUCAGUGUAAAAUGUGCUACAGUAUUAUAUAAUACUUAUAUGUUUGACGUACAUUUCGUGUUCAUAUUUUCAUUGUCAAUUCAUAAAAAAAUUUGGCCUUUCUACAUGCUACUGUCUUCGCCCCAAGGUGGCUGGACCUUCCUCAGAGACAGAUCGCUCAGUCACCUGGGAGUUGCUCAACUGCUGCUCCUCAACAGUGCUAAGGUAGUCAUCAAUGGACUUUACCUGAUCGUGGUCUCUGACAUCCAUGAACAACACUGAAGACCACGUCCAGGACCUCCAUGCAGGACCAUAUGAGAACAUUCUCUACACCACCUACUACAUCCUGGUCUUCAUCAUUGCGCUCCCUGGAAAUGUGUUGGCACUGUGGGCCUUUUUCCAGAGGGGAACUUCAUCUUCCUCGAGGGUGUUUUUGCGGCACCUUUCCAUGGCAGACAUCUGCUAUGUCCUCAUUUUACCACUGCGUAUAGUUUACCACUUGCUAAAUUGCCACUGGCCCUUCGGAAAUGUUCUGUGUCAGUUAUCAGGAUUCUUGUUCUACCUCAACAUCUAUAGCAGCAUGUACCUGAUGAGUUUCAUCAGUCUGGACCGGCUUAUUGCUGUUCUUUUCGCCGCGAAGUCCCGUGUUAUUCGGAAGGCGGUGUACGCCAAUGCUGUGGUUUGUCUUCUCUGGCUGCUGAUCAUCAUGAGCACGAGUCCAAUGCUGUUUGCAGGAGCCAAUAUAAGCAGCAACUCAACAGGUACAUGUGGGAAGCUCUACUUAGAGAGGCCCAGUCAGAAGGCUUUAGCGUCAACAGUGGUGGCAUUUGUUAUUCCCCUCGCCACCGUUGUCAUUGCAUACAUCCUCAUUCUGGUCAAACUUCAGUCGGUACGACAGCGCGAGCAGAGAGGUGUGAAGGACAAGGCUGUCAAACUGAUUGUUCUUGUUGUGAUCCACUUCCUGUUUGUCUUUGUGCCCUACCAUGUGAGCAGGGUCAUGUACAUUAAAAGUGCUGUUGAUGGCGACACAACAACAGUACAUCGCAGUAGUUCUAUAGCUAAAGUUAACCAGGUCACCUCAGCUCUUAUGUGUCUCAGUGGCAUUCUGGAUCCUGUCAUGUACUUCUUCCUCAACAAAGUCUACCGAGGGAAAUUGCUCCAACUCGUCUGCAAAUGAUCACUGAGAGGAAAUUCAUUUGCAUCUCUUCUCCUGUCAAUGUCACUUUUAAAAUGACGGCACGAUUGUUCUGUUGCAUUUUUAUUGCGGUUUUUAAUGAAUGACUUAACAUAUGCCAAUUACAUUUGUUUGUAUUAUAACUUUUUUUUCUCUUGCUAAUCUUUUAUUAAAAAAUAUUAUAUUUACAAUUAGAUCAUAUUUCCAUGAAAAAUAUGUUUAAUUUGGAACUUUUUUUGU